UUAGAAUGACAAUUCAGAUUUCAGAUUUGUAAGCAAGAAAAAGUCUGUUUCUCAAUUUUUGUUUGUUAAAACGAUAAGUCCGUACUUGUAGUGUGGUUUGAAUUAUAAAAAUAAUAAUGGCCACAACACUCGAAGAUAAAUCAAUCUGGGAAGACGGAGAGGAAGCGCUAAGCGAUGAAGUCCUACGUAUGCCGACAGACGAAAUUAUUGGCCGUUCCAGGCUUUUGGACAAUGAAAUAAAAAUCAUGAAGAGUGAAGUGAUGAGAAUCACACACGAACUACAAGCACAGAAUGAUAAAAUCAAAGAAAACACAGAAAAGAUCAAAGUGAACAAAACCCUUCCCUAUUUAGUUUCAAACGUUAUAGAACUUCUAGAUGUAGACCCUCAGGAGGAGGAGGAAGACGGUGCUGUGGUUGAUUUAGACUCUCAGAGAAAGGGUAAAUGCGCAGUCAUCAAAACAUCUACCAGACAGACAUAUUUCUUACCAGUAAUUGGGUUAGUUGAUGCUGAAAAACUUAAGCCUGGUGAUUUGGUUGGCGUAAACAAAGAUUCUUAUUUGAUUUUGGAGACACUGCCGGCUGAGUACGAUGCCAGGGUGAAGGCCAUGGAGGUAGAUGAGAGACCAACAGAACAGUACUCUGAUAUUGGAGGUCUUGAUAAACAAAUCCAGGAACUUAUUGAGGCAGUAGUGUUGCCAAUGACACACAAGGAGAAAUUUGUCAACUUAGGCAUCCACCCGCCAAAGGGAGUCCUACUGUAUGGCCCGCCAGGGACUGGCAAGACGCUGCUGGCUCGUGCCUGUGCUGCACAAACCAAGUCUACCUUCCUCAAACUUGCUGGUCCACAGCUGGUCCAGAUGUUUAUUGGUGAUGGAGCUAAGCUGGUCAGAGAUGCAUUUGCUCUCGCUAAAGAAAAAGCACCAGCCAUCAUCUUCAUUGAUGAACUGGAUGCCAUUGGUACAAAGAGAUUUGACUCAGAAAAGGCUGGAGAUCGUGAGGUUCAACGGACUAUGUUGGAGCUUCUUAACCAACUUGAUGGUUUUAGCUCCACUGCCGAUAUUAAGGUCAUAGCCGCUACAAACAGAGUGGAUAUCCUGGAUCCCGCCCUGCUCAGAUCCGGCCGCCUGGACAGGAAGAUAGAAUUCCCACAUCCUAAUGAAGAGGCUAGAGCAAGAAUUAUGCAGAUUCAUUCACGCAAAAUGAAUGUGAGCCCGGAUGUGAACUUUGAGGAGCUAUCGCGGUCGACGGACGACUUCAACGGUGCGCAAUGCAAGGCUGUAUGCGUGGAAGCGGGUAUGAUCGCGCUGCGCCGUUCCGCCGCAGCCGUCACGCAUGAGGACUUCAUGGACGCCAUCCUCGAGGUGCAAGCCAAGAAGAAGGCCAAUCUCAGCUACUACGCAUAAACAUUCAAUCUUGUAUUUAAGUUUCUGUAAUAAACAAAUAUGCUAGAA